CCCGAAGUUCAGCGCUUCGCCGGGAGCCCCGCAGAGCUCCGAGCUCCCCCCGGCACGGACCCGAGUUCCCCCCGGUGCACGGACCCGAGCUCGCUCCGGUACAGCCUGCUAAUGAACUCUCCCUUUGCCCUGACCAUGAAAAAGACAGAAGACCUGAGGUAGCAGCAUGGUUUGCAGCUGAAGGCUCGGGGAAACUUGGUGCUCAGUUGCCAAAAGGCAAAGUCAGACAGAAAUCCUCUCCUUCCAGUGCCCCACAGCUGUUACAAGCCACAGAGGGAGAAGCAGCCAGGCCAGCAGUGCUCCUGCCAACCCACCCACCACCCUGGGACCCCCGCGGAUGCCGCCACCCAACACACUGACAUUGACACAGCCAUCCUUUGGGAGCAAGGAAUUUUAGCUCCAAAGAAUCUCUCUUGUCAGAGUUGUACUGAUGAGCGGAUGCUAUAUUUAUGUAUUAAUGUUCAAAAGCCCCAAUAAUUAUUUAAGGCAAACCACAGCUUAAGGUGCUUUCCACAGCGACGCAUUUGCGGCGGACAAGAAGGUUGAAGAAAACCUGAUCCAGCACCAUCUCACAGCCUCUCCAAUUUACUCCUAUCAAAUUUCAUCAGCAACUCAGAACUUGAUCUUUCUAUUGAUUGACUAGAGUCACCUCUAGAUAUUUUCAUGCUGAUUUGGAAGCCCUUUCAUACAAUAAAAGGGGGGGAAAAAAAUUAGGUUUAAGGAAGACUUUUGACCAUUGAUCAGGAACCCUGGCCAAAACUUUCCUAAUCAAGUGGCUUCUGUGCCAAGAGAAACUUUCCACAUCCAAAUACAGCGUGGGAUCAUUCCUGGUAUUGUUUGGGUCUCCUUCUACUGGAUCAUUUUUAGAUGAAGAGUUUCCAUGCUGAUCCCGAGAGCAACCCCUAGCCCAGUAGCUGCCUUCCUCGGGACUCUCGGCACCGCCCUUGCCCAGGGAUCCCGUGCUUGGCUGCAGCUGCCAUGUUCUACCUGGUUGCUUUCCUCUUGCAGUGUUUCCCCUUGGCCAUGGGACAGUAUGACAUUUGCAAGUCCUGGGUGACCACGGACGAUGGCCCCUCAUGGGAGUUUUACGCCUGCCAACCCAAGGCCAUGCGGAUGAAGGAUUACGUGACAGUACGGGUGGAUCCAGCAGGAAUCACUUGUGGAGACCCACCAGAGAGGUUCUGCACCCAUGAGAACCCGUACCUGUGCAGCGACGAGUGUGAUGCCUCCAACCCGGACCUGGCCCACCCACCCAAACUCAUGUUUGACAGCGAGGACGAGGGGCUGGCCACGUACUGGCAGAGCGUGACAUGGCGCCGGUACCCGGAGCCGCUUCUGGCCAACAUCACACUGUCCUGGAACAAGAGCAUCGAGCUGACAGACGACAUCGUGAUCACCUUCGAGUACGGCCGACCCACCAUCAUGAUGCUGGAGAAGUCUCUGGACAAUGGGAGAACUUGGCAUCCCUACCAAUAUUAUGCAGAUGACUGCAUGGAGGCCUUCAGCAUGCCAGCACGGAGGGUCCGGGACCUCUCCACCACCAGUGCCAACAGGGUCCUCUGCACGGAGGAGUAUUCCCGCUGGGCGGGCUCCAAGAAGGAGAAGAACGUCCGGUUCGAGGUAAGGGAUCGCUUUGCCAUCUUUGCUGGCCCCGACCUCAAGAACACAGACAACUUGUACACCCGGCUGGAGAGCGCCAAGGGGCUCAAGGACUUCUUUACCAUCACUGACCUGAGGAUGAGGCUGCUGAGACCGGCCCUGGGGGGCACCUACGUGCAGAGGGAGAACUUGUACAAGUACUUCUAUGCUGUCUCCAACAUUGAAGUCACCGGCAGGUGUAAAUGCAACCUCCACGCCAACCUGUGCACCUUCAAGGAGGGCAGCCUGCAGUGUGAGUGUGAGCACAACACCACGGGGCAGGACUGUGGCAAGUGCAAGAAGAACUUUCGCUCCAGAUCUUGGCGAGCAGGGUCCUACCUGCCUCUCCCCAACGGGUCCCCCAACGCAUGUGCAGCUGCUGGCUCAGCCUUUGGCACCUAUGAGCGACCGCAGCGGGUCACCACCGCAAAAACCACCACCGCAAAAACCACCACUGCAAAAACCACCACUGCAAAAACCACCACCACCAGCACCCCUCUACCUGCCACCACCACCCAGCCAGCAAGCACCACGAGACCCACCUCCGACUUCUCUGCCUCUGUCCCCGUGAGCCAAACACAGAAAAAACCAGCUGUUCAGAGCCCACCAAACACAGCAGCACCUGAACCCAAGCCGAAGCCACCAGACCCUCCCAAGGACAUUCAAGCCCCGAAGAGGAAAGCAGGGCGUGUGGGCAGCUCUGCGGGCAAGAAGCAUGGGAAGAAGGCAGCGUCCUCAAAGAGCUCAAAACUCAUCCGGCUCAAAACAGCCUCUGGCCCAGUGGUUCCUAUUGAAUCCUACAAAGACUGCGAGUGCUACGGCCACUCCAACCGCUGCAGCUACAUCGACUUCCUGAACGUGGUGACCUGCGUCAGCUGCAAGCACAACACCCGGGGCCAGCACUGCCAGCACUGCCGCCUGGGCUUCUACCGCAACAGCUCCGCGGAGCUGGACGACGAGAACGUCUGCCUGGAAUGUAACUGCAACCAGAUCGGCUCCAUGCACGACCGCUGCAACGAGACCGGCUACUGUGAAUGCAAAGAAGGUGCCACGGGGCCCAAGUGUGAUGACUGCCUGCCCAACUACUACUGGAGACAGGGCUGCUUCCCCAACGUGUGCGACGACGAACUCCUGCUCUGCCAGAACGGCGGCACCUGCUACCAGAACCAGCGCUGCAUCUGCCCCGUGGGCUUCAAGGGGGUCCUGUGUGAGCAAUCCAGGUGUGAAGUGGACAAAAAGGACUGUGACGGCGCCCGCAGCGCCCGCGGCAGCCUCAGCACCAUCCUGCUCGGGGCGCUCGCCCUCCAGCUGCGCGGCUGGGUGGAUCUCUGAAGCCACAGAGAGGGGGGAGCCCAGCCCAGGCAGGUCACCCCAGGGACCCGGGGAGCCCAAGGUGAUGGGGGUGGCUCUUCCCACCGUCUCCUCCGCCUUCUUUCACGCUAGGACUUGCACAACUGCCUCCCUGGGCCACUUUCCAAGCAGAGAGGGAUGCAGAAAUCCAGGGGCUGACUCCUGCCCACGGACCCGCUCGGGGCCGAUAGGAACCAGCGGUGGGAGCAGCACCAGCCUGGGCAGCACCAGCCUGGGCCGGGGUCCCACUGCCCCAGGGGACACGGGCCCGUCCCUCCCCCCGCACAGCGAAGCCCCUUCCCUGCUCCGCACAGGGUGGCCGGGGCCACCAGGAGGCCCUGGUGAAAUAGUGCCGCCAGCCAAGGGUGUAUUUUUUAUUAUUAUUAUUACUUGAUUUACUUUGGUAGAGGCCGGGCUGUUCUUUUUAAUUUUUUCCCCCUCUUCUUAGCGUCCUGUUUUGAAACAGCCCGUCGUGACAGCUCCAGAGCCCUGGCACACAGCAGGCAGGGGAAGGGGAGGGAGGGAACGGGGGACUCUGCUCCAUCCUUGCUGCAUUGCCCCGUGUCCCACCACGGGCCGGGCCUGCCCACGCACAUACUGUUGCCUACAAACUCGAGUUGCUGCGUUGAUUUUUGUAUUUUCAUUCUUGGGGUUUUGUUUCCUUGCACUAAUGGAGAGCACAGGGGCCAUCAGGCACGUGAGGAGUGCAGUGUCUUAUCCACACCUCUCCCUGCAGUGUUCAAAUACUUCUUUUUUCUUUGUAGAGACUUAUUUUUGUUUGGAUUAAAUGUUAUAAAAGAACCACAAGUUAAAAGGGAUGUUUUGCCAUGAGCAUUUGAUUCUGGUGUAUCCUUCUCCAGUAAAGCAACUAUCAAUUGCUGCUUGAUCACCACGUUUUCCUUUUCAUGUGCACAGUUAAUUACAGGUAAAGACUUAUUUUUUUGAUUCA